AUGGAUACAAGAGGAAUACAGAUUCUAGGAAACCAACAUCUCAUUUCAUACCAAAACGUCAUCAUAAUGAGGCACGGUGAACGUCUUGAUAACAUUGAUCCCUUGUGGGCAACCACGGCGUCGCGGCCGUGGGAUCCACCCCUAGCCCAAGCCGGUCGUAUUCGAACCUUUCAAUUGAGUCAAGGGAUCCAACAGAGUCUCAAAUAUCCGAUUCAUCGGUUUUUUGUAUCUCCCUUCCUCCGUUGUGUCCAAACUGCCGUCGAACUUGCUGGUUCUCUCUCUGUCAUUGAUGAUGGUAUUGAAACUCUCAUGAGCAAAAGCUAUCUUGAUGACAAUUCAAAAGUCAAGGUCUCCAUUGAGUAUGGACUAUGUGAAGUGAUUAACAAUGUAGCUAUUCGUCCUAAUGUUGCUCCUAAAGAUGGAAAUAUAAGUUUUGAUAUAUCAGAACUUGAAGCCCUGCUCCCAGCUGGAACAGUGGAUAAAAAAGUUGAAAGGGUGUAUAAUGAGUUACCACGCUGGGGAGAGUCAUUUAUAGAAGCAAGGGCUAGAUAUCAGCAAACAAUCAAGGAGCUUGCAGAUAAAUACCCUACUCAGAACUUGCUAUUCCUUACACAUGGGGAAGCACUUCAAACGGCGCUUUCUUCAACCAGAAAAGAUGUUGCAGAUGCUAAGGCAAAACUGCAAUACUGCGCAUAUGUAGAGCUUAGACGUCCUAUUUUUAAAAAGGAUCACUCAUUUGCUGGUGGAGAGUUUAAUGUACUCCCUCACUAUAGUCAAACGGGCGUGAGCUAUAUUUCCUCAAAUCCUUGA